AUGAGCGCCUCCGUAGAAUUACCAGCACGACAUGCACAGAGCUCUCCCGUGAAAGGCGAGUCCGUUGAUGGACGUCGGCCAAGAUCAAGCGGAGGCAAUGGAGAAUCUGCAAAAAGCAAAGGCAUGGGCGCCAAAGAAAUGGAGGCAACUGUUUCCACAUUGCACAAGCAAAACUUUGACCUUAAGCUCGAGCUCUUCCACCGCCGCGAACGACAAAAUGCGCUCGAAGAGCGAGUCGAUGCUCUCGAGUCCGAGAAAGCACAGAUAGACGAUGUGAACGACAAACUACUCGACGAGUUGGAGAAGCGAGACAAGGCUGUGCAGGAGGCGGUCCAGAUGAUAGUGACUCUUGAGGCCCAGGUUGAGACGCUAUUGAAGGAGCGAGAAAUGGUCCGAAUGGUCGACGCAGCCGGCUUUUCACCCCUCGACGACCUCGAGUCUCGCCUCAGAAGUCCCACGCCCAAGCCUAGAGUAGCGGACCUGGCACGACUUGAAGAUGAUGCUAAGACGCUCAACCGCAUGCCCAGUUUCCUAUCGGACUACACCGAAAACACCGAGAACCUACGAAAAGUCUAUCUCAGCUCGCGCGGUAGCCUACUCAGCCUGCCAAGGCUCAACACGGAGGGAGUGGAUGAGACGGAUCCGCGUCGUGGUAACGGCAUGACAAGCCCGAGCCUUAGCGUCCUCAGUGAAAGCUCAUUUGUAAGUGUGUAUGGUGAGAAAGAAGACCAGGAUCGAACGAUUGUGGCCGAUGCAGACGAGCCACGCUCUAUGGAUGGUGCUUUGCCUCACUCCGGGCCGCCUCGAAAGGCCUCAUACGGAAGUGACCAGUCUAGAAUACAGAGACCACCGACCACCAUGUCAACACGAUCCAGUCGCCCGAGCAGGUCCAGUUCAACCGGUCGGGCUCCUGGUCCAGGCCAAUUUCAGUCGCUCCACGACAUCAUCGACCACACCUCGCCCCUCCAGAAGCUGGCGAGGCUCGAUCAUACCUGCCUAGAUAGUCUGCCCGCCCAAGACUCCUCUCCGAUGGCAGGAAGAGGGCAGUCGCAAAAGCAGGUUAAGGAUGCGAAGCGUGAAGCACCGCGGAAAGUGACCACAGAUGCGCCAGCUUCACGGCCUGGCGAAGGCCUGCCCCCGACACCUGACACCAUCUCCACAUCAACGCUUCGAAGAUUCAAGACGUCGAAUGACACGCUCUCGAAGCAACGAGCUGUGUCGGAUCAACAUAGCUACCGUUCAGUGUCAAGGGGUACGUCCAAGGAUGAUGAGGGGGAGCACGGUGGAGGUGCACCGGUAUUCCAGCAUCCCCCAUCCUCUGCAUUUGCUGGACACGAAGAGCCAGCCAGUGCCCACUACUUCGACUCUCGACCGCCUUUGAUCCCUCGCCCCAGGUCGGCAGAUGAAACGACGAUAUCGAACCACAGGGAAAUGGAAUGGGACUCUGAUGGAGAUUCGAUGCACUCCCUCGACUCUAGCCUCGACAUUUGGCUACAACAAGGGAAGGAUCCAAAGUACAUUGCACAACAGCGGAGUGAGUCUCCAGAUCUUUUCAGCUUUCCUCCUUCUGGUGGGGGAUGGAACACGGCCGGCAUGUUCGGCUCAUCUGGCGGCGCACUUGAGGUCCCCGGCCUCCCGCCACCGCACCACAAUCCAGCCGAGGACGUUCUCUUCCAGGAUGGGGCCCAGCCUCUGCCCCCUCCGAAUAGAAGGUCGAGCUUGGGUGCAAAGACAGGCCAGACUUCAUCGAAGAACAUGCCCAUUAACGGCAAGCUUCGCAAGUCACCUUCUCGCAGCGGAUCCAGGCGCAACAGUGUCGAUGCGCAAAUGAUCCAGCUGGCAGAGGCGGUGGCUAAUAGCCCGCAGCAUGAUUCAAAGACUGGUGCUCGCGCCAAGGACAGCCAUUAUCCCCCUUCUUCGACUGCCGCAACCCGUGGACACCGGUUGAACUUCUUCAGACGAUCUAUCGGAGGUAGCACCGCUCCGAGUCCGGUUCAACAGGUACCGGCAGCCGAGCCACCGGCACCAACUCCGACGCAAGCUGCCCCCAUGGGCGUCCCCUCAUGGGUGCAGCGAAACCAUUCCGGUGAGGAGGACAGGACCAGCGCAACGCCACCUCCCAUCUUGCGUAAUCCCCGCCCUGCUCGCUCUGGCAGCUUUGACGAGGGUGCGCCUGUGCAUGAUCGCAGCCCUGCAGCCCCGACAACACCUAUGACAAUCCACACUCCGAAUACACCGAAUGCGAACGGAACGCCUGCCUCUGCAGAAACUACACCCGCGAGCAACUGUGCGAGUGGCGGCGCGCCCUUACACAAGCGAAAGUGGUUACCGGGCUUUGGUCGAGCGAGCAGUCUACGGAAUCGUGCUGGCUGA